GAACCGAAAUCCAAAGAACUGGAACUGGUUAGAAAACCUGCGGCAACUGAGUCGGGAAUAUGUCCUGCGACCAGAAAGAUCCUUGGUCCAUCUGAUCCUAUCUGUGAAAAACGAAAUAACGAAGUUACAACUGCUGGUUACAAGACUAAUAAUGAAGAUGAAAAAAGGAAAAGAACCAUUUCUUCUUUUACGUCAGCGGAAAAAAAGAAGCAAGAUAACAGUGCGAGUGAAGCUGUAAAAAAGAGACAUACAUCAUUUGACUCUUACGUAAACUGGAAACCGGCUGAGGGUAACUGGACUACUUAUGGGUUACAUUUGGAAAUUCCAGUAACUGAUAAGACAUUUCUUCAGAUAUUUACUGUUGAAAUAGCGUUAAUCCUUAUUUUGCUGUUUUCUUUGCGUUAUUACAUUUUAGAAAUGAAAUCUUUAAAAAACUCUGUGAGUGAAAUUAUGGCAAGAGCUCAAAGAACUGCUUACUCGAUUGCUGAAGAGGACGUACGGGGUAGCCGGAGGUAUCCAGAAACUAACGAAGAAGAUGAAUCAAUUUCUAGAAAUGAUGAGCUAGCCUUCAUGACGUCAGCGUCGAUGGUUCAUUCUCAUCUACAAAACUUAGUGAACGAAAUUAAACGAACCAAACCUGAAGAAAAUUCAGAGAAGUAUUUAACAGAAGAGUUUCUACAAUUGAUUGCUGAUCGUAUUGCUCAAGAAGGUUUUAUGAGAUCCAAUUUUCAGAAUCUACUUACAGCAGAAUCCUUAUUUCGGCUAGGUCAAGUCUAUUAUUAUCAAAAGAAUAGAAAUUCUGGAAAUUCCAAUAUUCGAGAUGUUAAGCUGAAUAUAGGAGUUCAGGUUGGAGGCCAAGAAAUCACUUUACCCAAGUCAAAAACAGAAAAGCGAGAAGAUACUUCGCAUUAA